AUGUUCCGAGGAAAGCAUGACCCUGAUGGAGCGCUGGAGUGGCUCAAAGAUAUUGAGAGGAUCUUUCGAGUUAUGGACUGUUCGGAUGCACAAAAAGUGCUGGUAGGAGAGACUGAUGACUGGUGGGUUGCCACUCGCCAGAGACUAAAAGGCGUAGGUGAGGCUAUUUCUUGGGUUGUGUUUCGCUGGGAGUUCCUAGUGAAGUACUACCCAGAAUAUGUCUGCAGCAAGAAGGAGAUUGAUUUUCUGAAACUGAAACAGGGAGAAAUGACGGUGAUUGAGUAUGCUGCCAAGUUCGUGGAAUUGGCGAACUACUAUCCUCAUUACAGCGAGGCGACUGCUGAAUUUUUGAAGUGCGUCAUGUUUGAAAAAGGGUUACGUUCAGAAAUCAAGAAGGCAAUCAGAUAUCAGCGGAUUUGUAAGUUUCCAGACUUUGUGAAUAGUUGCUGA